GGGGUUGACACAUCGAAUAUUUUCAUUCGAAUCAUUCUGUUCAUUCCAGAAUUAUUCUGGAAUGAUGCCGGCAUAAACGUGAUUAUUCCGUUUCUACUUGAUUUUGUUUUUGCGUGUUAGCAACCUGAAGCUGUCAUUUUCUUGGAGAAAAAAGUAAACAUGUUUUUGAAAUCAAAUCCGAUCAACCUGUUCAUCAUGCGUCGUGUGUUCCGUCGUCGUUUGUGGCAAGCAGAUGCCCUUGCGGAGGUGUUACCCAACGAGGAGGUGUACUUCGCGGAGCUGGUCGGUGGAGGAGUAAGUUUUGGAGAAAAUCCAGUAACGAGCAUGGUGGAGAAGGUUGUCGCGGCCGCCACCAUCACGAUCACUGUCUCGUCUCCACUUGGAGGUUGCCCUGGCGGAGGACUGUCUCGUGGUGAACCGGUCCUGCGAGGACCUUCUUGGACACGUGAUGGUCGUGUUCCGGGACACCGAAGCGGUGACCGGGGAGAUGCAUCCGCUCUAGCGUCCGCUGGUUCUGGUUGGGAGUUCCCGCUGACAAAUGAUGGAGAUGACUUUGGUCAGGAUGGUGGUGUUAUUGCCGGAAAUUGAAUCGCGUUCUUGAGGCACGUCCUACUACAGAAGGCGCCGCUGUAGGGAAGGACCAGUUAGUACCGCUUUAGCGAGGAAGGCCUGAACCACGACAUUUGACUGUGCUAAGGGUCGGACGUCGUUGGUUGGACCCAGAAGGACCUCGUCUGUGACACGAGUUCUAUCGAGUGCAGCUGCCGCUGAACUGUCCAUCAUCGCCGCAAUCCUGGAGUCCGACAGGCAGGUCGUCAAACAGGCACGACAGGCAGGCCGUGAACCUGUCGACGAGGUAGCCGAUCAUCCUGGCGGACGUUGGUACCGGUCCUUCCCUUUACUACCAGGUUCUGUCGAGUAUUCUCCCUGCACUGAUGGACUGAUGCAAUGAAGCUUUCGCGGGUCAGCAGCCGCAAACGCAUCCGCACAACUAACAGUAACGUGACCGGAAGCUGUCGCAGUCUAGGUCACAGCUCAUCACGUAGAAACAAUUAGAACAUGCUCAGAAGUUCAAUUUUUGAGCACAGAUUUGGGCCGAAGUAGUUUAUUUGCUGCAUUAUUGUACCAAAAUGUUACCAUUAACUUUUUUACGCUAAGUGAACAGCUCUGGGCGUUACAGGGUUAAAAAAAAAAUAAAAUUUAUUCAAAGGCAAG